AUGGCGAACAACCAAGCUUCAUCCGUCAUCCCGUACCGCAUGCCGUGGAAUGACGAUGAAGAAGAAGACGACGACCUCGGCAUCACACCCUUCUCCCGCUUACCUCCUCCGCUCCUGCGCGAGUCACGUGCGGCACAGCAAGCGCCUCUACGCCGCAUAGCCAACAGCAGGCCCGUCGUAGGCAGCAGCAGGCUCUUCAUGAGCAAGAACAAACCCCGCUUGACGGAGACGACGGACGUUAUGGGUACGGGCAUGGGCAUGGGUACGACCAGCCGCGAUGGCGCGGGUAGCGAAGAAGAGACCACCAGUCUUUGGCUCACCAGCCCUCUCUGCCCCCCCAAGUCUUACCACAUGUACCACAUUGCUCGUUCCUUGCCCCUAUCUUCUCCCAAGUACCGCUGCGAGGCCCUGUUCAGCCCGCCGGAGGCCGAAGCCGCUUGCAACGAGCUGCUAGAUGUAGUUCUAGCAGAACUAAGGAGGCAAGAGCUGCCUAAUGAAGGUAAAAAGAGAAGCGUCCGUAAGCUCCUGUUAGAGAAGACCUGCUUUGGCACGGCUGGCGAGGAUGAUGGAGAAGCCAGCGCGAGUGGUUCUGAGCGCCGAGGAUGGAGGCCGCUGACUCGUCGCGGUGGUGGCAAGGAGGAGCAGACCAAAGUGGUGAAGAAUACGAUUGUGGGCGAGGAAAUCGUCGUGGGCGGAGAGCUUGGUGUGGGCCCGCUGGAGGCGGUCGCGAAGUUGAUCCUAGAGGACGUGGGUCUGUUCAUGAAGGGUGCUGGUGAGGGUGGUGAGGAAUGGAGGCUUGUCGCAGGCGCCGCCCUUUUCCCCUCCGGCUGGCGUCUACUCGACCGCAUUGGUCAGCCGGGCCAUUAUGACUGUGGAUUUUCGCUGCCAUUGCGUGGAGGAGAGGUUAUCAUCGACACAUUCACUCGUUACUUCAUUCACAUCGCAAGGCGCCCCCUAUACGAUUCCGAUACGAUCGACGAGAAGGCGCAGCAUAUUGCCAAGAUGCUUUUCGUCCAGAUACCCAAGGACUUCUUCUGCGGCGAAGUAGAGGCCGAGCUCGAGCGAAUCGUUAUCCGCAAGGAGCGGAACAGCAUGCGGCGUCUUCCGAAGUCCAACGCCAUGGCCGUCGCAGUGCGCACGACGGUCCAGCCUCUCAUAUCGAUGAGCGAUAGUGACCUAGAUGAGCUGGAGUGCGAGAUGGACGGCUGGUCGGAGCAGACCGCAGAUGCGAGGGGCCACUUCUUCUGGGGCAAGCCGUUGAGGUCGUACAUAGCGGCGAGGCGUAUGAAUAGGUAG